AUGGGUAAUUGCGCGCACACAGACCGCAGGACUGGAGUGAACUGGAGCGGCGACCCCAGCGCGCAGCCGUCCCGCAGCGGAACCGUCCCGCUGGACAGCGGCCCGGUUCGGUCCGAACUGCGGGGAAACUUGGCUCUCAGCAUGCGGAGCGACUGUGGAGCUGCAGGUUCUGUGAUGUUGGACUGGAGGUUAUCUUGUCUUCUUCUGCAGGCAGCUGCUUUGCUGCUGCUCAGCGAGGGGGAGAGGAUGUGCCCUGCGAGUUGUCGCUGUGAAGGAAAGAUUGUUUACUGUGAGUCUGGCAUCUUCCAAGACAUUCCAGUAAACAUCACGAUGGGAUGCCAAGGACUGUCUCUGCGGUACAACAACCUGCUGGUUCUGCUGCCGUACCAGUUCGCUCAUCUCAAUCAGCUCAUCUGGCUUUACUUGGACCAUAACUCCAUCAGUGCUAUAGACGCUUUGGCCUUCCGUGGCGUCCGCAGACUCAAGGAGCUGAUUCUCAGCUCCAAUAAAAUCACCCAUCUACAUAAUAAAACGUUCAGCGCCAUACCCAAUCUGAGGAAUCUGGAUUUAUCCUACAAUCAGCUGCAGUCUUUGCAACCAGGCCACUUCCACGGCCUGCGUAAGCUGCAGAAUCUCCACCUUCGAUCCAACGGACUGAGGGAAAUCUUUAUUCGCACGUUUCUGGAGUGCCGCAGCUUGGAAUUUCUAGACUUGGGCUAUAAUCGCUUGCGAGGUCUGACUCGCACCACGUUUUUAGGGCUGUUCAAGUUGAAGGAGCUUCACUUGGAACACAAUCAGUUUUCCAGGAUUAAUUUCUACAUUUUCCCACGCCUAACCAACCUGCAGGCUCUUUAUUUACAGUGGAACCGCAUCCGAUCCAUCAGCCAGGGCGCAGCAUGGACCUGGCAGAAACUCCAGAAGCUGGACCUGUCUGGGAAUGAAAUCCAAACGCUGGACCCAAAGGUCUUCCAGUACAUGCCGAAUUUAGAAAUCCUCAAUCUCGAAUCGAACAAGCUGAGCAGUGUGCCUGUAGAGGCCGUGGCGGCAUGGACCUCUCUGACCACCAUCAGCCUGGCAGGGAAUGCGUGGGACUGCAGCACCAGGAUCUGCCCUCUCAUGGGCUGGCUCAGGACCCUCCGGGACCUCAAAGACAUCAGCAUGAUUUGCAGCGGCCCCAAGUCUGUGCAGGGCGAACGAGUGGUGGACGUGGUGAGGAAUCACUCGAUAUGCGCAAACGUAUCCAACAUGUUCUCGACCACGACUCUCACCGCGCUGAGCUCAACCCAAGCAAAAUUGACCACUUCACCUGUCCGCCCAACUGGGACAUACCGAAAGACAGCAGAGCCCUCUGUAAGCUCUACACCCCCCUACUCUGCUGAACCCCCCACAGCCUUUACCCCAGAGCUACAGUUUGAACAUAUGGCUUUCCAUAAAAUCAUUGCAGGCAGCGUAGCCCUGUUCCUGUCGGUGUCAUUGAUCCUGUUGGUUAUUUAUGUGUCGUGGAGGCGCUACCCUAACACCAUGAGGCAGCUGCAGGAGCACUCAGUCAACCACAAGCGCAGGAAAAAGGCCCACAAGCAGGAGCAGGACCUUAACUCGCAGCUGCAAGAGUACUAUCUGAGCUAUCAUUCAAACUCAGAGACGCUGGACUCCUUGGUGACGGAGAACAGGCCGUGCACGUGCACUAUAUCCGGAUCCAUAGAAUGUGAGGUGUGAGCGCUCGGCCUUUGAGGAACAAAUGGCGAGUUUUGCCAAGCGGAGAUAAAAAGGUUUUAUCUCUGAUUUAAGAUUGAAUAUUCCGCAGCACUAAAGGAAGUACUUGGAGGCUCUGCACAAUGUAAUUAUGUGCACAGAAUGGAUGAUUUGAAUGGAGAGAUAUAUUCAGAGAGAACUAAUUAUCAUUCUGAUUGACAUGAGAACAG